AUGAUUGGUGGUUUAUUCGUUUAUAAUCAUAAGGGUGAAGUGCUUAUCUCGCGUAUUUAUCGAGAUGACGUCAGUCGAAAUGCAGUGGACGCUUUUCGAGUUAACGUUAUUCACGCGCGGCAGCAAGUACGGAGUCCGGUAACAAAUAUGGCUAGAACAUCAUUUUUCCACAUAAAGCGAGGUAAUGUUUGGAUUUGUGCAGUGACACGACAAAAUAUCAAUGCUGCAAUGGUCUUUGAAUUUCUAAACAGGUUUGCGGACACCAUGCAGUCAUACUUUGGAAAACUGAAUGAAGAAAAUGUUAAAAAUAACUUCGUUCUCAUCUACGAGCUUCUGGAUGAGAUCCUUGAUUUUGGUUAUCCACAAAAUACAGAUCCUGGAGUUUUAAAGACGUUCAUUACACAACAAGGCGUUAGAACAGCAAGUAAAGAAGAACAAGCACAGAUUACGUCGCAGGUAACGGGGCAAAUAGGGUGGCGUCGUGAAGGCAUAAAGUAUCGUCGAAAUGAACUGUUUUUGGAUGUUAUCGAAUAUGUUAAUCUCCUUAUGUCUCAGCAAGGGCAAGUUUUGUCAGCGCAUGUUGCUGGAAAAGUGGCAAUGAAGUCAUACUUAUCUGGAAUGCCGGAAUGCAAGUUUGGAAUUAAUGACAAGCUUACCAUUGAGGGUAAAGGACGUGCUGGUGCUGAUGAUCCUACCAAAUCGGCACGUAUUUCUGUAGCAAUUGAUGAUUGCCAAUUCCAUCAGUGUGUUAAAUUAACCAAAUUUGAUACCGAACAUGCUAUAAGUUUUAUUCCACCUGAUGGAGAGUAUGAACUUAUGAGAUACCGCACAACCAAGGACAUACAGCUUCCAUUUCGAGUCAUUCCGCUUGUUCGAGAAACUUCCAGAAACAAAAUGGAGGUAAAAGUAGUUGUGAAAUCAAACUUUAAACCAUCACUUCUGGCGCAGAAAAUCGAAGUUCGCAUACCUACUCCUCCGAAUACUAGUGGAGUACAGUUAAUUUGUAUGAAAGGUAAAGCUAAGUACAAAGCUGGCGAGAAUGCAAUCGUUUGGAAAAUCAAGCGUAUGGGCGGGUUAAAAGAAUCUCAAAUUUCUGCUGAAAUUGAUAUUUUGAGUACAGGUAACUCUGAAAAGAAAAAGUGGAACCGUCCUCCUGUAUCAAUGAACUUCGAGGUACCAUUUGCUCCAUCAGGUUUGAAAGUGAGAUAUCUGAAAGUUUUUGAACCAAAAUUGAAUUAUUCGGAUCACGAUGUCAUCAAGUGGGUGCGUUACAUAGGCAGAUCAGGACUUUAUGAAACAAGAUGUUAA